AUGGAUAACGAAACCACAACUUCCAGCCAGGACGGCGAUGCGCCGCGCCGAUCGGGACGCGUCGUCAAAGUUCCCGAGAAGUGGGAGCCAGAGGCGUCCGCGCAGCUCGCCUCGAGCAAGCGCAAACGUGGCGGAGAGGGCGAGGAAGGAGACGAUGCCCUCGACUCCGACGAGGACGAAAGCGGUCUUGACGAUGAUGAGGGCGACGCGGAUCAUCCUGCUCCCCGGUCGCGACGAGCUGGUGCCUCCAGUCGCCAAAAGAAACCCUCGCUUAAGAAGCCCAAGAUUAAUGGCGCGGGCGGCCACACAGCGCGUAUUCCUAGCAGACCCAAGAAGAGUGUCCGAAUCGAAGCCGGGACUAAAGGCACGGGCCUAUUCGUCGACAUUUUCGGCUCCGGAGAACCUUCACAGACUGUUGCCCAUCAAUGGCUCGAAAAGUACAAGGCAGACAAUGCUGCCGCUCUGAGCGACCUUGUCAACUGUAUCCUACAAUGCGCUGGCUGCGACCUUGAAGUCACGCCCGACGAUAUUCGCGACCCCGAAAACAUCCCCAACAGACUUAUCGAUCUUCAGGGCGUCUAUCAAGAGCAAAACAUUACCGACUACCCUCUCAUCUCUCGCGCCAAGGGUACGCGAUCAUUCCGGGACCUUCUCGUCACAUUCUUCCAAGCCCUCAUCGCCCUGCUUCACGACACGGACAUCAUGUACCAGGAUGCCGAACUGAUGGAGAAUCUUCACGCUUGGCUGGCCAGCAUGUCUUCGUCAUCACUACGGCCUUUCCGCCACACGGCUACCACCAUUGCGUUGGCAGUCCAGACCGGACUUGUCGAUGUAGCCGGAACACUCGACCGUCGCAUCGCCAACAUCGAGCAGCAGCUGCAAGCUGCUAAGCGCGGUAAGAACAAGUUAAAGACUGCCGAAGUUCAACGCAACUUGGAAGAAGCAAACAGCCACCGUGGCAAUUGCAGCGAGGCCAUCCAAUCCUAUUUCGAUACUGUCUUUGUCCAUCGAUACCGUGAUGUUGACGCCAAGAUUCGUACUGAGUGCGUUGAAGCCAUUGGUUCCUGGAUUUGGGAUCUCCCUACCGUCUUCAUGGAGCCAGGCUACCUUCGUUACCUCGGAUGGAUGCUUUCCGACAUCAACGCCCCCACUCGACUGGAAGUUUUGCGCCAGUUGUGGAAGGUCUUCAAGCGCAGCGCCCAGCAACUCAUUCACUUUAUCGACCGAUUCCGCCCACGGCUUAUCGAAAUUGCAACACUUGACUCUGAAAUCUCGGUCCGAGUCGCUGCCAUCUCGGUUAUUGACACACUGCGCGCCGCCGCUCUCCUCGAACCCACGGAAAUUGAUGCCAUCGGCCGGCUCAUCUUCGACAACGAAAUCAGAAUACGCAAGGCUGUCGUCAAUUUUUUUGGUGCAUGCAUCGAGGAUGUCAAGGAAGGCAAGGUGGAAGAGCUUGGCGGCCAAGAUGCGCUAGAUGAGGUCGAUGGAGGCGACGAGGACGAUUUUGAGUCGCCUCGCAGAGAAUGGCUGGAUAUCAAGUGCCUUGCCGAGACCUUGGCCAUUUACAACGCACAGGUUGAUGAGGCGCAGCAGAACAAUGGUUCCGCUGGCAUCGAAUCGUUUCUGGAUCUCUUCGAGGCUGCUGUACCCGAAACGAGGAUAACGCUUGCUGCCCAAGCUCUGUAUGAAAAGAUUCCUGAGAUCAAGUCGUGGGAAAUCUUGGCCGGAUAUCUUCUUUUCGAUCAUUCAACAAGCACAAAGUCACGUGGCAGGGCCAAGGGCAAGAGCGCGUCUCCAGAGGCUGCCUUUAAGAUGGCCGUCGCGCCUCUGCGGGAAGAGGAAUCCAUCCUUCUCGAAGUGCUCAGCUCCGGCAUUAGAUCCUCUCUCACCCACACGGGAGGUGACAUCGACAGGAGCCGACGCCGAGGCAAUCGUGAAGCUGCCGAUGCGCAAGAGGAAAUCGCAGUUGAACUCGCCAGCAUCAUUCCGAAACUCCUAAGCAAGUUUGGCGCUGAACCUGAAACGGCUGCCGUCGUCCUGCGUUUGGAACACAAUCUCGAUCUCGACGUUUUUCAGCAGCUCCGCCAAGAUUCGAGCAGAUAUGGAAAGCUGCUAGACGAAAUAAGCACACAAUUCAUCAGACACGACGAUAAGAGAGUCCUGUCGGAAGCUGCUGCCGCGCUCCUACAUGCCCGUCAAUAUGACGAACUGGAAGAGGUUACUGACAGCAAGCUAUCCUUGUUGUGGGACAACGUUACUGAGGCUCUACGCAACGUUAGCGAGACGUGCGAACUUUCUGUCCGCGGAAACCUUGGUGCAGCACAACUUCGCCAAUUAUCAACGCUGCUGAUGAAGGUCAGCAAGCUGGCAAGCAUUGCGGACUGUGUUGAUGUUCUGGAGGCUGAGCCUAGAUCUAAGAAUGCGGACUCGGCAAUCCAGACCCUCAUCAACAUUGUCCAUCGCGGCAAGUACGAGCCCCAAGAAGAUGAAAUUGAUGAUCUGGAAGACGAAAUUGUGACUCUCGCAAUCAAGGCCUGCCAGUUCUAUUUCAUGUGGAAGAUCCGUGUUCUAUCAAAGCGACUAGCAGCCGGCGCCGGCGUUUCUGACGCUGAGAUUGACCGUCUGUCUGUACUUCGCCAAUCUUACCGCCGCCACGUCAUCGAGACGUUCUCGUCCCGCGCUGCCAUUGAUCAAUUGCGCCUCUUUGCCACGGGCAGCCUCUGCGACUUGCAUCUCUCUUUUGCCACGCUUCGACCCAAGAUCAACGCCCUUCGAAACUCGGCCGAUCCUGCCCUAGCCAACAAGUUCAAAGUCCUCGUCUCAGAAAUCGAGCCGGGCCUGAUACCGGAGCUGACGUCCAUCUACGACGGCGCCGAGAAGCAAUACGCCAAAAAGUCGAAGAAGGAAAAGGUGCUCAACGAACCUGCCGAGGAUGAGGACCCCAUGUCCGACGAAGAGGAGGAUGACGACGACGACGAGGAAGACGCCGGCCUGACGCCCGAACAGCGCCUGGGCAACGAGCUGCGCGCCGAAAAGUCCCUCUGCGAGCUGACGGCCAAGUACGUGCUCGCCAUCAGCGGCCGCCUCAUCGACGACCGCGGCGGGCUCGUGGAUAAGCUGCGCCGACGCCUGCUCCGCAACCAGACCAAGCUGGGCAACAACUUCAAGGAGGUGGUGGCGUUCCUCGACGAGGACAAGAUGGCCCGCGCGGCCAAGAAGGCGGCGCCUCAGCCGGCCGCCAAGCCGGCCGAGAAGGAGGCAACGGCGCAGGAUCUUGAGGACAUGUUUGAGGAGCAAGCAGAGCCCGAGGAGGGAUCGAGAGAGGAUCUGCGCCGCAGGGGCCUGCUCGAGGAUGACCCGAUUGAGGACGACGAUGACAAUGAAGGCCAAGAAAACAGUCGCUUCGAUGAUGACAUCUUUGGAGAUUGA